GGCGGACUAUGCGAGUUGUAGAGCAACGAAAGUUUGCAUUUCAUACUCGCAAUGGAGUUUAAUAUAAAAAGUUCGAAAUUCUCGUAUUAUAAGCAUGAAUGCACGUUUUCUGUGCAGUAUUUCUAAAUAGUGAUUAACCUGCAAUGACUUUGAUAAAUGAGAUAGUACAGUUGUUUGGAAAUUAAGCCAUUUGAUAUCAAUUGAACUGAUAAAAUGGCUCUCAAACCUGUCCUGAAAAUUAAAGUGGAUGAAUUGUUUCUCAGGUGGCUGAGUAAUUCUGAAGUUCAGGUUUCCCUGAGAGACAGCCUAGCUCAGCUAGCCAGAGGAGAGGCUGUAAGUGCUACAGCAAAGUCUUCCCAGCCCCUCAGGGGUAACUCCCCAAGGGGAACAAGCAACACCUUAGUGACGCCAACUUCACCCAAGCUGCCAAGUCCACAUAGCCCCAGACGACCGUUACAUGUGAAGAAGCAAAAUGUUGGUGUUGUGGAUAAUCAAAAGCCUGUGAUCAAUGCUGGCACCAAGGAUAAAGAUGUCGGCAUCACCUCAGGGACAGCUGUGGAACCCGCCAAGGUGCGCCAAGGGACGGGGCUGAAGGAUACCAUCCCCUCCCACAACAACGGUGACGGCUUGUCCAACUCCACCCCGGAGCUGUACCCAGGCACACGCAAGCUGCCUAGUAAAGAAGAUGAUGUGCAGCAGCCAUUUCCUGCCCCAAGACAGUCUGUGCUUAAAGAAACCUCAGAUGUCAAAAGUAUCAACAAAAUCGCCAGCGAUGUACGAGACAACAACAAAGAAAACAGGCAGAAGAAGCAGCGCAGUAGCCGGCAAAUCUUUAAUGUCCACAUACCCCAGUUCUACUUCCCCUCUGGGAAGCCAGGGAAUGGGGCGGAGCUGGACAACAUUCUGCAGCGUGUGGCGCUGGAGUUUAACACACUGGAUGGGGGCAAGGCUUACAAGCAACAGAUGGCUGCCAUCACUAAGGCAUGUGGUCUCCCUUUGUACUGGAAGAUUCUACUCUUCAGGGCCGCAGGGGGCACUAAGGAAGGAUUCAUCACAUUUCAGACUCUUUCAGUUCUACUUAAAAAGUUGUAUCAGACGUGUCAUGACGACGCUGCCAAGUUCAUGAGGAUGGCUGCCAAGUCAGGAGUCACCACACUUGACUUUGAUGACUUUGAACCUCUUGUUCAGGAUGUUGUAGAAACUCACCCUGGACUUACAUUUUUACAAGAUGCUCCAGAAUUCCAUUCAAGAUAUGUUACCACUGUCAUCUCACGUGUUAUGUUUUGUGUCAAUCGUUCCUGGUCAGGUAGAAUCACCCUCGCAGAGUUACGCAAGUCCAAUUUUUUACAGACAUUACGUCGGCUAGAAGAUGAAGAGGAUAUCAACCAAAUCAAGGAUUUCUUUUCAUAUGAACAUUUUUAUGUCAUCUACUGCAAGUUUUGGGAACUUGACAAGGACCAUGACCUUUAUAUUGACAAAAAUGAUUUAUCUCGGCAUAAUGAUCAUGCUCUCAACUCUCGGCUGAUUGAUAGGAUAUUUUCAGGGGCUGUCACAAGAGGUCCAGACUUCCAGGAGAGCCGGAUGAGUUACAAGGAAUUUGUCUGGUUCCUGCUGGCUGAGGAAGACAAGAAACACCCCACCAGUAUUGAGUACUGGUUUCGCUGCAUGGAUUUGGAUGGGGAUGGUGUUAUAUCAAUGUACGAGAUGGAAUAUUUCCAUGAAGAGCAGAUGAAUAAAAUGGAGACCCUUGGCAUUGAGAAGUUGCCAUUUGAGGAUACAGUGUGCCAGAUGAUGGAUAUGGUUUGUCCAAAAACAGAAGGGAAGAUAACUCUAGGAGAUCUCAAAGCCUGUAAAAUGACCAACAUCUUUUUUGAUACUUUCUUCAAUCUUGAUAAAUUUUUGGAACAUGAACAACGAGAUCCUUUUGCUAAUGCAAGGGAUCCGAACCUUGAGCCCAUAGAAGUGAAUGACUGGAACAGAUAUGCUGAGGAGGAGUACGACAUCCUGGUGGCUGAUGAAGGCAAUGCUGAUGUGGAGGAUGGAAACUAUGAAGAUGAUUUUGAGCCCGAGGACGAUGAUGAAGUUUUACGUGAAGAAAUGUUGCGAUUGGCUGACGAGGGCACGCCACAGAGAUCUAUAACAACUGGCCAAUCUCACACGGCUGAGGAUAUUUAUGAUUUUAGUAACACUGGUCUCGGCUAUUGAGCUGCUGUGUUUUUAUCUUUACCAUCUGUUGGUCCCAUGGAUAGAGGAUUAUCUUAACCAUCUGUUGGUCCCAUGGAUAGAGGAUUAUCUUAACCAUCUGUUGGUCCCAUGGAUAGAGGAUUAUCUUAACCAUUUGAUGGAUAGACGAUUAUCUUAACCAUCUGUUGGUCCCAUGGAUAGAGGAUUAUCUUAACCAUUUGAUGGAUAGAGGAUUAUUUUAACCAUCUGUUGGUCCCAUGGAUAGAGGAUUAGCUUAAAACUUUGAUGGUUCCAUGGAUUAUUGAAAUUUAGCAGUUUUGUCCCAAAUUUGAAAAGAUAAAUAAGGAAGUGAAUUCUGAGAUCUAGUGGAAAUUGUUUACUUGUUGGCUUCAGUUUAUAAGAAUCUCAAUGUUGAAGUGAACAUUUCAUAUCAUCUGAUCUUGUGCCUGAAGAAACAAACUCAACUAUUUUGUUUUGUUUAUAAAUGAUCAUUAUAGCACUUUUGAACAAUUUUUUAUAAACAUAUGUAAGAAUGCUCAUGGGUGGUGUUAAAAGAACAUUUCAACACUUCACUACUAGAAUAGCUGAUGCAAAAGUUGAAGCAAAUUUUGUAGGGAUUGACUUACUUUAAAUAUUAACAAUAAACCUAUUUUUAAAAUUAUUUUAAGAAGUAGUAAAUAUAUCAAUUGAAAGAUCUUGCUGUGUUAAAUAAAACACUAACUGUUUAAUAAUUUACAUAUGUACUGUAUUUUGAAAAAUAUUUUGCGUACUUUAUUUAUUUCACAUGUCUAAUAUAUUUAUAAAUAUAGACUUGAUUAUCUUACAUAAAUUGAUUUGAUUUUAAAAGACACCAAAGAAGAGUGUAACAUGUAAAAUAUUAACAAGUCUUUUCUCUGUAUUCACCAUUUCCCUUCUGUCUCUUUACAUUUUCUCAAAUUAUUUUUUAUUAUUGUAAUGACAAGUGUAUGUUGAUUUAUGAAUAAAAAAAAAGAAAUUUAAAAGAGCUCUAGUCAUUUUUGCCUAUGGUUAGAAUUCCAAGAGUUUAAUUUAUCGUUUCUAAUUUAUUCAUUUCUUUAAUUUUUUUGUAUUCAGUUCUUUAAUAAUUAUAUGCUUCAGUAAAACAGUUUAAAAAUAUUAAAAAGCGGUUAAAUAUGUAAUUUGAUAUUUUUAUUUUUUUAAAUUUCUUUUUUCAAAACAAGUAAAAAAUAUUUCUGAUGAAUGAGGGAAGAAGUUUGAAUCUUCUGUACACAAACAACAAAAUAUUCACUUUUUUGUCUCAUUAAAAAUUUGACACUUGUAUUUUAACAGUUGCCUUACAUUUUCACUAAAUUUUUUUACUGUUAUUGCUUUAUUUUUCUACAUCUAUUCUCUAAUGUAAAUUGUUUGACAUUGUAAAAAAAUUUGUUUUCAGGACCAGCAUGUGUGAUUGCCAGAUUUUAAAAAAUUUCAAUGUUAUGUCUAAUAGACAGUCUGUGUAUGAAAGCCAACAACGUGUGUUUAUAUUCAACAGAGUUGAAUUACAAAGCUGUUUAUUUUUCUGUUUUGGGAAGCAAUUUACUAAUGUGUUUAGCUUAAAUUAAUUACGUUGAACAAUCAUCUUUAAAGAAAACAAAUUUAGUUACAAAUUUUAAGAUUUCUUCCUUUAAAAAAAUACAUAGCCUACUUAUUUUUUUUAUUUAUUAACAGUAUUAAUUACUCUACUGAAGAGAGGAUUAAUGUUGAGCUUUUGUUAUUUUAAACAGAUGCUUAAAUUUUCAUCAUCCUGCAAAAUAAAAAAUUCAGGUGUGGUGGUAGGUGGUAAAAAUAUCUUAAAAGCUUGCAACAAGUAUGCAGUUGGCAACAUAUCUUUCUUACAACAGUGAAGUUAAUUGCAACAAGUAUCUGACACAAAUGUGGGAAUGUUAAGCAACAUGCAUAUAAUACAUGUUUGUAAUACAUAAAGAAUGUAGGCCUAUUUGCCAAUGUGUAUGUCUUACAACUAUAUAUUGCAACAAGUAUGUGGACAAAUGUGGGAAUAUUUAACAAUAUGUAUGUAAUACAUCUAGAAUGUAUAUAACAUUUAUUUCUCACAGCUGUAUAUUGCAAUAAAUAUCUGAAACAUGUUGGAUCAAGCAUAAGCAAAUGCUAGUCUGAUCACACUGCAAGCAGCAAGCAUGAUCUGUGUUAAUCAAUGCAAAUAGAGUAGAUCUACAGUCCUCAAGUUUUCUAGUAAAAUAUGUUACAGAUUUUUCUUUCAUAUUUUUCUUAUUGAUCUAUGGGCUGAUAAUUCACUUGUUUAAAUGAAAGAUGGGUUGUUGUUCUUGGUUUUACAUGAAGAAAAUGUAUUGGCUUGAUAUUGAAUACAACUUGCAAACAGGAUUUGAAAUGUUAAUUAGCAAUAGACAUGAGUUGAAUGUUUGAUAGAUAUUAGACUUCAAAUGUUGAAUAAAAAUAUUAAUUUGAAUGUUUAUUUAAAUAACAAGACUGAAUGUUUUUCAAGAACUUGAAUGUUGAAAAUAAACUACAAGCAAGUUUUGGAAUGUUGAAUUAAUCCACAGACGAGAUGUAUAUGUAUAAAAUUAAAUUAACACUUUUAUUGUUGAGAAGAUUUUGAAAGAAUUCUUAAUGUUGAAAUCUCUUAAUAUUGAUAAAGCUUUGAAUGUUGAUUAUACUUUAAAUAUUGAAAAGAAAUUUGAAUGUUGAGAAAACUUACUGUUGAAAAGACUUUGAAUGUUGAUGUUACUUGGAAUCCUGAAAAUAAUUUUGAAUGUUAAAAAGAGUUUGAAUGAUCCUGAUUAAAAAAAGUGACAGAAUGCUGAAUCACAGACCAAACAUAUUUGUCUUAACUCUUCACAUUUUUUCACACACAGAAGGAACCCUGAGGUGUAAAAAAUUGAAUUAAUUUAUUUUAAUUUACUUUCAUCUAUGCAACAUUGAUCACCUAGCAUUUUAAAAAAUUAAUCUCAUUAUUAUUUUUAGGUGAUUAUAGGAUACACAAUUUUAGUUUUGAAUUUAGUGUGAAUUUAUUUUUAUUGCUGGUAGCAAUUCAGAUUUUAAUUUUUUUUUAACAUGUUUGCUUUUUAUAAUAUUAUAAUUAGAAACUAGUUUAGCGGAAAAGUUGUAGUUUAGUUGUAUUUUGUCCAAAAGUUAAAAUAUUAAUUAAAUGUUUUGACUUGUGUCAAGUUUUGUGCCUAUUAUGUGUUGAUUUACUAGUCACCAUAUAAAUGUUGACAGUAUUUUUUUUCCAGAACUUGCCAGAUAAAUUCAAAGAAAUAGGAAUAAAAGGAGUAACCACUUGCCUAAUUGGCAUUUUUAAAUGCCCAGUGUAAAUUAAGUAGAAAAUGUCUAAAUGCAGGAUUAAGUAUUGCCUUAUAUAUUCUAAAAGAUUUUUUUCUUAAUACUGUGAUGCUUUAUAGUUAUGAUGAAGUGUGAUGUUUAACUGAUAUAUCGUGAUUUGUAACUCUUGUUUAUAUGCUGUGUUUAUAUUUGAGUGAUGUAUGAAGUUCAACUAUUUGUAUGUUAUUGGGUUAUAUGUGUUCUGCGCUAGGAAUCUUGUAGGCUUUUUUUUUUAAAAUGAAGUAUUAUUGCAUCUGGAUAAAUUACAGUAGUGCAUCUGAAAAUUACAUUAAUGCAUCUAGAAAAAUUACAUUAAUGCAUCUAGAAAAAUUACAUUAAUUCUCUAACCAUGGUAUAUUUCUGUGAACAUGUUACCUACAUCUCAUUUCUCUACAGUUACCAUCAUAAAAUACCUUAUCGAUGAAUGACUUUAAUAAAAAUCUUAUCGAUGAAUGACUUUCAUAAAAAUAUCUUAUCGAUGAAUGACUUUCAUAAAAUAUCUUAUGGGUGAAACUCUUUCAUAAAAUAUCUUGUCAAUGAAUGACUUUGUAUUGAGUAACAAAUUAACCAUUGCAAAACUGUACAUUAUAAAGCUGUGCAAUUAUGACUGAUGCAAGGAAAUGAAUUGUUUACAUUAUAGUCAUACCAUCAUGCAUUGAUUAAAAGAGUAGAAUAACUGAUGUAUUAUAAACAAAUAUUAAUUUGGUUCAUAAUCCGAUUAUUUAUUGAUUGAAGUAGCUCAUAUAUCUAUCUUAUCAAAACUAAUCAUUGAUAAACACAUCAGAUGUACUAAAACAUUGCCUUGAAUCAAGAAAAAUCUGUCACUAGUUUUAUUUACUUUUCAGAAUAGAAGUAGCUGUUCAUUUGAUUUUAGCGAAUACUUUUUUAAUUAGUAUGUGUCACUUUGUUGAUGAAAUGUUAAUCAACAUUUAAUUAGUGCUAAUAAAAACAGUUGUUUGUUAUGGAAUCAUUCAUGUCAUACAAUUUUUUAAAUUAAAUAAAAAUAAAUUAAGGAAA